AUGCCUCGGAUUUGGUCCUCGUUAGGUCUUGCCUACCUCGCUGGAACGGCUCUCGCAGCCACUCCAGCGGAAUGGCGGUCUCAGUCUGUCUACUUCCUCCUCACGGAUCGAUUUGCGCGCAGUGACGGUUCCACGACCGCUCCGUGUGAUACCAAAGACCGGGGGUAUUGUGGUGGCACCUGGCAGGGUAUCAUCGAUCAGCUUGACUAUAUCCAAGGAAUGGGCUUCACGGCUAUCUGGAUCACACCUGUCACGGAACAAUUGCAAGAGCAUACGGCGUAUGGCUCAGCCUACCAUGGAUAUUGGCAGCAAGACAUUUUCGCGGUCAAUUCCAAUCAUGGAACUGAAAAGGACCUGAAAGCCCUAUCGGACGCUCUUCACAAGCGCGGCAUGUAUCUUAUGGUUGACGUUGUCGCCAAUCACAUGGGUUACGCCGGUGCAGGCAACUCGGUAAACUAUAGCGUCUUCAACCCUUUCAACUCGCAGGAGUAUUUCCACUCGUACUGCCCGGUCACCGACUACAAGAACCAGAAGCAGGUGGAAGACUGCUGGCUUGGAGACAAUACUGUGUCUUUGCCGGAUCUUGACACCACAAAGGAUGAAGUCAAGAAGAUCUGGUACGACUGGGUGGGCUCUUUGGUGUCUAACUACUCCAUUGACGGCCUUCGCAUCGAUACUGUGAAGCACGUCCAGAAGGAUUUCUGGCCAGGCUACAACCACGCAGCGGGCGUCUACUGCAUCGGAGAAGUGUUUGAUGGAGAUCCGUCUUACACUUGCGCCUACCAGGAAGUUAUGGACGGAGUCCUCAACUAUCCCAUCUACUAUCCACUUCUGAAGGCUUUCCAGUCCACCAGUGGCAGCAUGGACGAUCUUUACAACAUGAUUGGCACCGUCAAAACCGCAUGCGCCGAUACAACCUUGCUGGGCACCUUCAUCGAGAACCACGACAAUCCCAGAUUUGCAUCAUACACCGACGAUGUAUCUCUUGCUAAGAACGUCGCGGCAUUCACGAUCUUCGCAGACGGUAUUCCCAUCAUCUACGCCGGCCAGGAGCAGCACUACAAGGGUGGCGAAGAUCCCGCAAACCGCGAGGCAGUCUGGCUCUCCGGCUACUCGACCACCAGCGACCUGUACAAGCUCAUCGCCGCCUCCAAUGCCAUCCGCAACCAUGCCGUCAGCAAGGACAAGGCCUAUGUGACUUACAAGCAAAACGCCAUCUACAAGGACACCUCCACCAUCGCCCUGCGCAAGGGCACCGAUGGAUCCCAGGUCAUCACCGUGCUCUCCAACCUCGGAGCCUCUGGCAAAAAGUACACGCUCUCUCUGGGCGGAUCCGGUUACAAGUCCGGCGAUAAGCUGACCGAGAUCUACACCUGCACCAAGGUGACCGUGGACUCGAACGGAAACAUCCCCGUGCCCAUGGAGAGUGGCGAGCCCCGGGUGUUCUACCCGACCGCCGGUCUCGAGGGAAGCAAGAUCUGUGCUUGA